AUUCCGAUCGCUAUAUACCGCCAUAUUGUUUGCGGCAGUCGCGUACGUAAUUGGUUUGUCUCGUACAUAAUCUCGUCAAGUUUUUCUCUUAUCCAGUGAGCCCCAUUGGGAAAGUUUGCAAACAUUUCGCGAAAAAGCAACAUGAAGAAAACUAAGGACGUCUCAGACGAGGAUGAAUAUUCCGCGGAUGAUCCGGAAGAAGUGGAAGGAGCUUCUGAAGAAGAGUGGACUCCUGAGGCCGGAGCUGAAAGUGGUGCUAAAAAAAGGCCACAAAGAGAAGUUGCUAAAAAACGGCAACAUUCAGAAGAAGAAGAAGAUGAAGAAGAAGAAGAAGAUGAAGAAGAAGAUGAUGAAGAAGAUGAAGAAUCUGAUUCAGACACAGGAAAAAAACCUAAAAGAAAAAGACGGUCUAAAAAAGAAGAAGAUGAAAAAGAAGAUGAAGAUGAAGAAGAUUCUGAUGAUAAUAGCUAUAACGAAUCAUCAGGAGAAACGCCAAAAGAUUUUACUUCUGGUGCAUUUGUUGUUGCAAAAGCUGAUAUUGGAAAUACAGAUGGUGGAAAUACGGAUCCAACAUUAUGGAGGAUAGAUGGAAAAGCAUUACUUCAAAAAUUUUUACCUUUUAAAGAAGAUGGAAAAACGUUAUAUAAAAGCACAUCGACGUAUUCAGGAUGGUCGGUAAAUAACAAAGAUAAAUACUUGGCUGCACAAGUUACUUUCAAAGUGCAAAGUAGAACAGAAACCAUUGUUGAACUUCACCUUGAUCAACAUCAACAGGAAGUUGUAAAAGAAGAAAAAGAAGACUAUUUCGCUUCUAAAUUCUCCAUAACGUUAGUGUCACUGUCUAGAGUAUCUUCAAAUGAUCUUUUUGGAUUAGAAGAAUCAAUUUCAAUUAAAUCACCAUCAUGCCCAAAUGCAAAUGAUUUUUGUCCUAUAAAUAUAUGUUCAAAACAAAUGAAACCAAUUUUACCUAUAAUCAUACGUUUGUUACGCAUGUCUGGACUUUUGGAACGUGGUUGUUCCAAAAAUUGUCUACUGUCAGGGGACAGUACAGAAAGUGUACCACCACAAUGCAAUGGGCUAUAUUGCUCGUACGAAUUGUACAUUGCAUAUGGAUCAUAUACUGAAUCAAAAGAUUCACUAGUUUCUUGUUGCUGCUUCAUGAAAUCAUUAAUAGCUAUGCCUUUUAACUUUGAUGGCUGUAAAAAUCUUUUUGGUAUGCGAGAAAAGGAACCAUUUUCUUGUGGACUAUUUGAACAACCACCAAAUCCAAGACCAAGUAAUCUUGUUGUAUUAAUUGAUGUAUUAGGAACAUUGAUAGGUGCAGACUUAGUCAUGGUUAAUUGUUUUGUUCCUGUAGGAUAUGGAAUAUCCUUAGGUUCACUUGAAAUGUCAUCUCACGGAAAGAAAAACAGAAAACGAAUACUAACAAGACGACCACGACAUGUUGUUGGAAAAGAAGAAAAAUAUCGUCAAGAAAGAGAUAAAUCCGAUAAAGAAGAUGAAGUAUCAGAACAAGAAGAAAAUGUGUGGUCCCCCUCUUUUCCCGUUGCUAUGUGGGAUCUCGAACAUUGCGAUCCUAAAAAAUGUUCCGGUAAAAAAUUAGUUAGACAUGGCUUAGUAAAAAUAUUAAGGUUAGGAGCUCGAUUUUCAGGAUUAGUUCUUACACCUAUUGGUCAAAAGUGUGUGAGUCCAACAGAUCGUGAUAUUAUAAAAGAUUAUGGUUGUGCAGUCGUCGAUUGUAGUUGGGCACGUUUGGACGAUACUCCAUUUAGUAGAAUGAGAACUUCCAAUCCGCGUCUUUUACCAUUUCUAGUUGCUGCAAAUCCAAUAAAUUAUGGAAAACCUUGUCAAUUAAGUUGUGUAGAAGCCAUAGCUGCUACUUUAAUUAUAACAGGUUUUCCUGAAGAAGCAAAAUUUUAUCUCGGAAAAUUUUCUUGGGGUCACUCAUUUUUAGAAUUGAACGACGAAUUGUUAAAAACAUAUUCACUUUGUACAAAUGCAGAAGAGAUUAUAUCUGCGCAAGAAAAAUUUCUCGUUGAUGCAAGAGAAGAAAAAUUAAAUAGACAUGCUAUUUCAGAUUUUCCACCAGCUAUUUCAGAUUCAGAAACGGAAGAAGAAAAAGAAGAAUCGGUAUCCAUAAAUAUUAUUUCUGAAAUAGAUGAACAAAUAAAAAAUAUAAAUAUAACAUAAAAAUGAUUUGAAUGUAUUUGUAUAUAUUUUCUUUAUAAUCAAAACAUAUUCGUUGAUAUAUUUUGUAUAAUUUUAUUAAUAAUUAAAACACAAAAUUGAUUUUUAAUUUAUAAAAUAUAAUUUAAAUAAAAAAAAAUCGUAUUGUAAAUAAAAUUGAAAUGCAUAAAUAUAUAAUAUCUUUUGAAUUGAACAUCCGAAUAUCGUAUUUUUUGAAUCAAAUUUAAUCGCGCAUGCGUGAGAUAUAAAUAUUAAAAUGGCGGAAUAUAUAUGGAAAGUAUUGAGAGUCCACAAGUUCGUCAGUUGCACAGCUGAUAUGAGAGUGACGUCAGUAAAACAAAGCCAUGCGCGGUCGAUCGCAGCCGCGAAGUAAACCGAACAGACCGAGGUGUAUUACGAGCAAACAUUGAGCGUCCGUGAUACAGUGAAACGAUGCCGUUCAUAUCAAAGGAUUGGCGCAGUCCUGGUGAAGAAUGGGUGAAAACUGUCGAAGGUUGGGAAAA